AUGCCUUUUCUCCGCUCAACCCUCGCCUCAGUCCUACUCGGCGCGACGGCCGCACAGGCCGGCAUCUUUGGCAUCAACGAUUACUCCUGCACUUCCGACUCGAACCCUGUCGUGCUCCUGCACGGGUUGGGCGCCACCUACUAUGAAGAUCUGAACUACAUGCAGUAUUGGUUGCAAAACCAGGGUUACUGUACCUACUCCUUGACCUAUGGUGCCUAUGAGGGAUUCCCGUCACUCGGAGGUCUCCAGCAUAUCGCCGAUUCAGCGCCUGAAAUCGCAGCUUUCAUUCGCGAAGUCAUUGACAAGACGGGCAAGAGCAAAGUCGACCUUGUCGGACACUCCGAAGGCGCGUUCCAAUCUCUUUACGUGCCCAAGUUCGAGGGCGUGUCCGGUCUCAUCGAUAAAAUCGCCGCCAUUGCACCCCCAACGCACGAUACCACUUUUGCCGGCCUCUAUAACCUGGCCUAUCUUCUGGGCAAUCUGACGCACGAGGUCGUGGCCGAUGUCCUCGAUACCGUCGGCUGCGGCGCCUGUGACGAUCUCGGUCCCGGUGGCGCUGCCGUUCUUCGCUUGAAUGAUGGAACCCCUAUCGUGCAGCAGGGUAACAAAGUUACCAUUAUCGCGUCUCAAUACGAUGAGCUUGUCACUCCGCCUAAGACUGCUUUUAUUGAUGAAGAUGGUGUGACCAAUCUGUGGAUCCAGUCGGUUUGUCCUUUAGAUCCCGUUGGGCACAUUGGUGAGGCUUAUGAUUUGAAUGUUUGGAACUUGGUGAAGAAUGUUCUGGACGAGACGCCGGAUCGCAAAUUUGUUUGCUUGCUUGGGUCGCCUGGAAAGAAGCGCUGA